AGACUUGUGUUGAAGUUUCUCUCUAAAACCACAAAUCUAUUUUCCCUCCUCUACGAGAAACCAAUCGGAGUUGAAUAGUGCGAUUCUAAGCAAUUUCUUCGUUUCCAUGGAGUCUGAUAUCGAGAUUCUGCCAGAUGCUGAUGCGUCUACGCAGAAGAUACGCAUGUUUGGAAUUGAUGAUCGCGAAGAUAAGAAUGGGAGAAGAAGGAUCAAAGAUGUUGAAGUUUAUGUUCCUAUUGUGUAUGGAUCGAUUGCUUUUUAUCUUGGAAAGAAAGCUACUGAAAUUUUCAAAGAAGGGCUUAGCUUCUUCCGAGUCAGAUGCUUCUUUGUCUUCGCUAAGCAAAAGUUUCUCAAGGAGGUGGCUGCAGAGUUUGUGUUCUCGAUCAUGUUAGAUGAGCCUGCUGAUAAAAUCUAUGUGUUCUAUACCACCAAAACUCCUCAAGUGAUGAAUGUGGCAUAUAAAGCUGGUUCUGGAAACUUCAGAGAGAACAUGUUCAAGAAAGUUGUGAAGAACUUACCAAUUGUGCAUAAGGAAAUGGGAUCAGAGCUUACUUCAGAUGAUUUGAUCAAGAUUCUCACUUACCAGCCCAUGUAUACAAUGGGGGAUCCACAUACCAUGAAAGAGAUCAUCCUAGUUACAUCCGCUGUGCCUAAUCUCGCCUCUAGCGUCUCUAGAAACAUUUUGAUGGCUGCUAAGGAGAAGUGUGUUUCCUUUGAGUUUCUUUUGGUUGACGACGACCCGUCCCGUGUUCAUGAGAAGAAAGAGACCUUCCUCAGAACUCUCUCAGAGAUUGAAAACUGCAGCAUGCGAUACUGGCCUAAUGACUCGGUUUCUAUGAAGACCUAUGUGCAGGCCCUGUUCAGUAAACUUAAUGAUGCUAGUGGAGAUCUCGGUCACAUUCAUCCAAACUAUUUGUUCCCCAAAGCUUUAUGGUUUGGCCAACACCUUUAACUAGCAGUCUAGCAUCAUGAUUAGAACAAAAAUACAGUGGGAGAUAUGGGCAUUGGCUUAUAGAAAACAAUCUAUUCAUGUGUUUUAUAAAUGUGACUGGAUCAU